AUGGCGAAUCUGACAACCUCUUCUGGCGACGUGUUCAACCGGCCACAGUUUGAAUCGCUGCUGAAAAGGCGAUUUUUCUUCACCGAAGCCUUCGAGGUGUACCGAACCGCACCCAACUACAAGGGAGACAAUCGUGGCCUCUAUGACUAUGGACCGCCCGGCUGUGGUAUGCUGGCCAAUAUUGUCAACGAGUGGCGAAAGCACUUUGUUAUCGAAGAGAAUAUGCUCGAAGUCGAUUGCACUGCUAUAACACCAGAGGCAGUCUUGAAAACAAGUGGUCAUGUCGAUAGAUUCGCUGAUUGGAUGUGCAGGGACCCUGCCAAGGGCGAAUAUUUGCGUGCCGAUCACCUCGUUGAGUCUGUGCUGGAAACAAGGUUGGCAAACAGCCGGCUGGCUGCCGCUGACCCCCAGAGCAAAAUGGAGAGAUUGGACAGUGCCAAGGUAGAACAGUACCAAGAAAUUCUAGCCAAAAUGGACAACUACGAUGGGCCUGAACUUGGCAAAUUGAUUAGGGAGCUUGAUAUCAGGAACCCCAAUGGUGAUGGCAAGGUUGAAGAACCAACUGCCUUUAAUCUCAUGUUUCGGUCUACUAUCGGUCCAAGUUCAGCUUCGCCUGUAUAUUUCAGGCCCGAGACUGCUCAAGGUCAGUUUCUGAACUUCCGAAAGCUACUAGACUACUGCCAAGGGUCUAUGCCUUUCGCAUCCGCUUGCAUUGGCAAGUCAUAUCGUAAUGAAAUUUCUCCACGGUCGGGCUUACUUCGAGUUCGAGAGUUCUUAAUGGCAGAAAUUGAACAUUUUGUUGACCCGGAGAGCAAUAAGAACCACGAACGUUUUAGCGAAAUAGCUGAAAUUGAACUGCCGUUUUUAGAUAAAAAGACGCAACUUUCUGGACAAACGUCCAUCUCAUCGAUGCCCAUUGGCAAGGCCGUUGAAACGAAGCUUGUGGACAACGAAACCCUCGGCUACUUCCUUGCGAGAGUGUACCUAUUCUUGCUCAAGAUUGGCGUGGAUCCGCAAAAACUACGGUUCCGCCAACAUCUCGAUAAUGAGAUGGCACAUUACGCAUGCGACUGUUGGGAUGCGGAGCUUCUGACUAGUUAUGGCUGGAUCGAGUGUGUUGGCUGCGCUGACCGGAGCGCAUAUGACUUGACCGUUCAUUCUCGAGAGACCGGAACCUCAUUGACGGUCAAGGAAGCCCGCGCCACACCUCUUGAAAUCACCGAAUGGAAAGCAACACUGGAGAAAAGGCUCGUGGGGCCUCGAUUCAAAAAGGAUGCCAAGAAGAUCGAGCUGGCAGUCGGGCAAUUGGAUCAAGAUCAUCUCAGACAAUUAGCCACAGAGCUAGCUGGAAAGGGCGUCGUGACAAUUCCUACAGACGAGCUUGCAAAUGGUGCCCACUCUGUAGAGCUCACGUCUGAUGUUUGCUCCAUCAGACAAACCACUCGCGUGGAGACGACGCGGGAAUACACGCCCAAUGUCAUCGAGCCUUCCUUUGGUAUCGGCCGCAUACUCUACAGUAUUCUUGAGCACGUGUACUGGAGCAGACCGCAGGAUGUUGCUCGAGAGGUGCUCUCAUUGCCUAUCCUCGUCGCGCCUGUCAAAGUUUUGCUUGUACCACUGUCGAAUAACGUCGGCUUUAAGCCCGUAAUCAAGGCCCUGGCCAGUCGGCUGAGAGCUAUGGGCAUUGCGAAUAAUGUAGACUCGUCUAGCGUUUCUAUUGGCAGGCGAUACGCGAGAAAUGACGAACUCGGCACGCCGCUUGGAAUCACGGUGGAUUUCUACACGUUAAAAGACGGGUCCGUUACGUUGCGAGAGCGGGAUUCCAGAGUCCAGGUCCGGGCCUCUCAAGAUGAGAUUGUUGAGGCGAUUAGAAAUCUCACCGCGGGCGCUGAGGCAUGGGAUCAAGUGGCUAGGAGGCUACCCGUGUUUACAGGGCAAAGUCAAGAAGACUAA